UGCUGAGCAGGCUUGUGGUGGCUGGAGGGAGAUGGGGCUGCUUGUGGGGCAGCAGUGCUCUGGCUCCUCAAAGAUGGGGCUGCUGCUCUUCCUGUUUGGAUUUUUGCUGCCCUUGGCCCCUGGUGCCUUAGGGGAUUGGGAUCUCUUGGAGAGUGUGACGUGCCUGCAGGACAGGCUGGAGCUGGAGCUUCCCAGAGAGCUUGGCAAUUACACAUGGCACGUGCGUGCAGUGGAUCUGAGUGGGGAGGAAAUGACGUCCUGUGACCACACUGUGGAUUAUGAGAAGCUGCUGCUCAGUGCCCUGCUGAUGAACUGCACUAGCCUGGAGCAUGGCCAGCACCAGCUGAGGCUGGAACUGCUGCUGAAUGACACAGCGGGAGAGGAGAGGAACGUCACCUACCGCGCUCAGUGCAGCGCUGCCCAUGAAGAUGAAAUCAUCGCUCCUGUCUUUGUUGGUGCAACGAACUGCACAAAAGACUUCAUGGCAGUUACUUUCCCAGGACCAAACCUCGGUGAUGAGCACGUGCAGGUUCAGGCAGCUGCAAUGACCGGGACUCUGACAAUUGAUGAUGGAAUCAGGGAACACCAGCUGAGCCUCAGGGAAGCCACGGAGCAAGGCUACAGCUUCCUGGCUGACAGACAGCGCCUGGUUCUUCAGGUGGCCUUCACUGCCACUGGAGUUAUCUCCUACAAGCACAACAACAAGUUGCUCUACACUGUGGCACUCAAGCUCACAUAUGACCCUCCUGAACGUAGACUGACCAUGGAGUCAAGGAUGCUUUGCGCUCCAGGUCCGGUGGCUUGUAACGCUACACAUAUGACUGUUGCCAUCCCAGCGUUCCCAGGGACACUUAUAGCUGUGGCUGUAGAGGAUGAGACCAUCCCAAUGGACCAGCUCCAGGACAAUGGGAUUAGUCUCAAUACAAUGAGAGGGGUCAAGCUGGACAUUAGCAGGGGAGUCCUGAAGUCCGCACUACGUGGGGAGAGCUGCCCAGGAGUUCAGUCCUACCUGUCCUCCUUGAAACUGACUUUUCACUUCCAUGGGGAGACCGUAGCAAUGGUGAUGCAGCCGGAGUGCCCCUGUAACCAGCAUGCACCAAUAGCUGCUGUAUGCACUCAGGAUGGGUACAUGGAUUUUGAAGUCCUUGCCAGCAGUACUACACCGCCACUAGCCCUGGACACACUCAGGCUCAGAGAUCCUGCAUGCAAGCCUGCCUUCAGGUCCCCCUCAAAUGAUAGGGCCUGGUUUCAUGUCCCACUGAGCGGAUGUGGGACCAGGUACUGGCUCGAAGGAGAGAAGAUAAUGUAUGAGAAUGAGGUGAGGGCACUACGGUCUGACCAUCUGCUGUACAGGAUCUCAAGGGACAGUGAGUUCAGGUUAACAGUCCUGUGCUCCUUCAGCAAUGGCGAUGCUUCCCUCUCCAUAAGGGUAGACAACCCUCCCCCCCUGGCUUCUUCCAUGAACCGAGGCCCCCUCUCUUUAAUCCUUCUAAGCUACCCAGAGGACUCAUACAGGCAGCCGUACCGUGAUGACCAGUACCCCAUUGUGAGGUACCUACAGCAGCCCAUCUUCCUGGAAGUGCAGGUCCUGAACCGCAAUGACCCCAACCUCCAUCUGCAACUGGAUGACUGCUGGGCAACAGCAUCAGAAGAUCUGAGCUCGCUGCCCCAGUGGAAUAUUGUUGUUGAUGGGUGUGAGUACGAUCUGGACAGCUACAGGACAGUGUUCCAUCCUGUGGGGCGUGGUGUCAGCUACCCCAACUAUCGCCAAAGGCUGGAAGUGAAGGCUUUUGCUUUUGUAGCUGGUGAUAAGGCCCUCCCCGGCCUAGUGUACUUCCACUGCAGCGUCCUGCUCUGUAACCGCUUCCAGCCGGACUCCCCUCUGUGUGCAGCGAGGUGCCCCAGACCGCCUAGAAGCAAGCGAGGCAGUGGGAUGCCGGGCGCCAGCUCCGUGGUGAGCUUGCGGGGUCCUGUGCUCCUGGUGCCCGAUGGAUGGCCGGCAGCACCAGGGGGCACACUGAGCAAGGAGCUGUGGGCUGCUCUUACUGCGGCUGCUGUCGGCAUUCUCUCUCUGGUGGCCACAAUGCUGCUACUUCUGGCUCUUCUUAAAUGCCUGAAGAGAAGAGCGUCGAUGGUAAAUGUGGUAUAUUAGUGCAUUUGUUAACAAAUAAACUUGGAUUAAAAAUGUGGCUUUUCAGGUAA